UCAGCUCCGUGUUGCAGACAGAAGAAGAGCAGGCUGGAGUUUCUUUGGGGAAACAGCGCCCCGGUGCCGUCAGACUGCGCAUGUGCGGAGUCAGCGCGUGACCGCGGCGCGUGCCUGACGCUGAGCAGCUGACCUGUGUCCUCUGCUGCAGGUGUGCGCAGUUUUAACAUGACCGCAGAGUUUCUGCGCAACAUCUGCGCCUCCACGUGGCGCGCGCCACCUUCCAGCCGCUGAUCGGAACCGGAUCCAUCCGAACAUGGCCGUGCUCGGUCCAGGAUCCGCUUCGCUUCGGUUCGGCUCGGUCCUCCUGAUUGUCCUGAUCCUCUGCGGUUCUUCCUGGACCAGAGAUGUCCUCACAGGACGCAACGACACCAGGCCAGAACCGAACCGGGAGCAUCACGACCAGGACCAGGAUCUUGCAGCCAACGCCACGAAACACAAGAAGGCUUUCCCCGUCCUCGAGUUGAACUACGACUAUGUCCGGAUGCCGUUUGAGAUUUCCCUGUGGAUCCUGCUGGCGCUGCUGAUGAAGCUGGGUUUCCACAUCAUUCCCAGAGUUUCCCACAUCGUUCCAGAGAGCUGCCUGUUGAUCUUCGUCGGUCUGCUUGUUGGCGGCGCCAUCAAAGCGAUCCAAGAGAAGGCGCCGGUCAUGGACACCAAGCUCUUCUUCCUCUACCUGCUGCCGCCCAUCAUCCUCGACGCCGGCUACUUCCUGCCCAUCCGGGCCUUCACCGAGAACAUGGGCACCAUCCUGGUCUUCGCGGUGGUGGGGACGCUGUGGAACGCCUUCUUCAUCGGCGGGAUGAUGUUCGCCGUGUGCCAGAUUGAGGCGGCCGCAGCCGCCCAUGUUAGCCUGCUGUCCUGCCUGCUGUUCGGCUCGAUCAUCUCGGCUGUGGACCCGGUGGCGGUUCUGGCCGUGUUCGAGGAAAUCCACAUCAAUGAGCUGCUGCACAUCCUGGUGUUUGGAGAGUCGCUGCUUAACGAUGCGGUCACGGUGGUUUUGUAUCACCUGUUUGAGGAGUUUUCCCAUGCAGAAACUGUUACCGUUGGCGACGCCUUCCUCGGCUUGGUCUCUUUCUUCGUGGUUUCGCUCGGCGGCAUCCUGGUGGGUGUCAUCUACGGCGUCCUGGGUGCCUUCACGUCCCGGUUCACCUCGCACUCCCGCGUCAUCGAGCCGCUGUUCGUCUUCCUCUACAGCUACAUGGCGUACCUCUCCGCAGAGGUCUUUCAUCUGUCUGGGAUCAUGUCUUUGAUUGCCUGUGGCGUCGUCAUGCGGCCGUAUGUGGAGGCCAACAUCUCCCACAAGUCCUACACCACCAUCAAAUACUUCCUGAAGAUGUGGAGCAGCGUGAGCGAGACGCUAAUCUUCAUCUUCCUCGGGGUUUCCACAGUGGAAGGCCCUCACAACUGGAACUGGAUCUUUGUGAUCUUCACCCUCAUCUUCGCCCUCCUUUCCAGAGUGUUGGGAGUCGUUGGCCUCACCUUCAUUAUAAAUAAAUUUCGUAUUGUGAAGCUGACCAAAAAGGACCAGUUCAUCGUGGCCUACGGUGGCCUGCGAGGUGCAAUUGCCUUCUCUCUGGGAUACCUCAUACAUGAAGAUGGGGACAGCAAAAACACGAGGGGCAUGUUCCUCACCGCCAUCAUCACAGUUAUCUUCUUCACCGUCUUUGUGCAGGGGAUGACCAUCAGGCCUCUGGUGGAGCUGCUGGCAGUGAAGAAGAAGAAGGAGAGCAAACCGUCAAUAAACGAGGAGAUUCACACUCAGUUCCUGGACCACCUGCUUACAGGAAUCGAAGACGUCUGUGGACAUUACGGACAUCAUCACUGGAAGGACAAGCUGAAUCGCUUCAAUAAGACGUACGUGAAGAAGUGGCUGAUCGCAGGCGAGCGCUCCAGCGAGCCGCAGCUCAUCUCCUUCUACAACAAAAUGGAGAUGAAGCAGGCCAUGAUGCUGGUGGAGAGCGGGAGCGCCGCCAAGCUGCCCUCCGUCAUGGCCGCCGCCGACCAAAACGCGGAGCAGCAGAGAGAACCGAGACCAGAGCGAAUGAUCCCCAAGAUCUCAAAGACCCGCGAAGCCGAGAUCCGCCGGAUCCUUCGGGCCAACCUGCAGAACACGCGGCAGAGGCUGCGCUCCUACAACAGACACGACCUCUUCAUGGACCCGUUUGAGGACAGCAUGAGUGAGGUCCGCUUCCGGCGGCAGCGGGUCGAGAUGGAGCGGCGGAUGAGCCACUACCUCACCGUUCCGGCGAAGCGACAGGAAACGCCGUCGGUCCGGAAGGUUUGGUUCGAACCAGAGCACAAAGUCUACACCUACGAUGAGAACGAGAGUGCCAGGCCGUCCGAAAGCGCCGCCCUGCUGGACGAGUCGAAUCGGAGCGCCGACGGCCAAUCAGAGAGGCAGAAACCGACUCGCUGCCUGAGCGAUCCCGGUCCCAAUGAGGAUGAGGAAGGAAUCAGCUUCCGCUCGUCUUGAUGAAGGUUUCCUCUCUGGACUGUUUGAUGUGUGAUAUGAGGUGAAACAUUUCAGUGUUUUCAGCACCGAACGGACUCUUCAGGGUAUUAUGAAGCACAAAGGAAAGAUUAUCAAUGAAGCAAGUUGAUCGAUCAGUUUUACAGCUGAAUGAGUCAUCAGUUAAUUUUAUAACGACGAUUAAUAAAAGAGCAAAAAGGAAACACCUGGAGGAAGGAAGGGAGGGAUGGAGGAAGCCAUCUUGGAGGAAUUUACUGCAUAUAAUCCAUAAAUAUCCAAAGAAGAAAUUCGUGACCUGGAUGCAGUUUGGUCGGCUCGCAGAUCAGAGAUGAAGCAUCUAGAAUGACCACAGGGGGGCGCUCUAUCACUCCAGAUCAUACAGCCGCUGCUCCAACCGACUGUCGGAUGCUUCGGUGACUUCAGAUACUGCUUGUAAAGUUACACUGUCAAAAAUUAGUUAGUAAAUAUUUAGUUUGGAGCUAAAUAUUUAACUCCAAGCUAACUAUCUAGCUCCCAACUAAAUAUCUAACUUGCUAACUUGUUUGAAUCUGAUAUUUGUAAAUUAAUGAAUGACAUGGUGAAAAUAAGUCUUUGAAAAAUGAACCCCAUUUUUUCUGAUAUGGUCAAAUAACUCAGAAUAUUACUAUUAAUUUUUGACGGUGCAACUUUCCAAACUGCACUGCAAAUGUCACUGCCUGACGGUGAGAUUACAUCACUUCCGCCCCCUGGUGGCUGGAUGUGGACCAAACUACGUCCAGCUCCUCCUGGGUAGCAAACUGUUUAUUUCUCUGUAAAUCAGUUGCAUUUUAAAGCUUGAACUAUGUGUAUCUGUCUAUCAUUUCUGCUGGUUUUGUGCAUAAAACCAACAUAAAUUAAGUUGACCACGUCACCUCGGACACCAAAGGCUGCUGUGCCGAUUCUUCAGUGAUCAUGUUCGACUAAUUAUGUGUUUUACAGCAAGCUUGUGCCUUAUUCAGUUGCAUUUCAUUUGUCUUAAUAUCAUGGGAUAGACUGAACAAAAACCUCAACAUAUUUUUUCAUGUAAUUAAAAGAUAAAUAUUGUAAAGGUGACCAAACGUCUGAACGACCUUUAAUCACCUCCUGACUCAUCAUGUUGCCUCAGGGACUCAAACGUAGCUUGUCGGAUCCCGGCUGCUGAAGGAAAACUCCGGUUUGGAGAUUCAAACAGGAUGUGAUGUCUCAUCAACUUCCUCCUAACUAAGCUUUAAAGCGUUUAAUGUCUGCCUGCAUCUCCUGUGUUACAAGCUUUUAUAUUUUGUGUUGUAGACAUCUGUCACAUGAAGAAAAACUAUAAUAAAAUAAGUUUACUGUUAA